GCAUUAAUGUAUUCUAGGGAGUUGCAUGAUAUUUUAAUAAUAUGUACUCUUAAGUAUAACUAUUCGAGUAAGGUUUGUGUAGAGUAACUAUAUUUAACGCAUGUGUUUCAGCAAAUACAAUCAGACGAAAUAGACCCUAUGCUGAAAAAGGAAGACGACACAUCCUUGCCGACUGUAAUUCACCAUAAGGAGAACGAAACAUCACUGAGUAAGCAGUCUGAUAUUGAACCGUUCCAUUCAACAGACGGAGAACAAGAGUGGUUAGAGAUACCGAAUCCGAUGUUAUGUGACAGUAUAUUCAACAAUAUCAUUACACCGGGAACUUGCCAGAAAAUGACGUCGGACGUUGACGUUAAUCGGAAAUGUUUUUCACUCGCGGAGAUAGAAAAUGUAGAGUGGCGUGAUGAAAACAGGACAGGACCAAAAGCGGUUUCUGAUGUUCAGACCUGCGAUGAAAUAUCUUCAGAAGAGGACGAAGACCGAACAGCUGGCAAAAUCAGUACACUCGAAACAACAAAACUUAUACUGGGAGAUGUCAAGCAAUGUGAGGCUGAAAUUCUUAGUAACUUGGAACGUACCAAGUCGAUAAAGGUUUCAGUCCGAAAAGGCGCAGCCGAUAGUGAAAUAUCCUGGGACGAAGACGAGGAUGACGGAAGCCAGAAGAGUUUACUUCCUGUUAAGAUGUAUGCACCAACUACGGAACUGAAUGCAGAUAUGAUGAAGCAAUUAGGUGUUAUACCAACAGAACCAUAUGAACAAGAGAAUGAACGGGCUACUAAAGGGAACUUUGACACACAAUAUGGGCAAAUUGCGCAGAAAGAAAUAUUUUGGAAAUAGUUCCUGUCCAUUGACUUUUGAUCAUUGAGAAUCCAGAAUUGAAGAUGAGCUGAGUGGCGUUAGGC